UUCUCUAAAACAGGGAUGAUUCACGGACUCGAGCCAGUGUGUGAUGCGACUCCACACAGAAAACUAUCUGACAAUCAUUCAUCACAAUAUCUGUUCUGUGGCAGACCACUGAAAUGAGCACAACAAUGCCACAAGAAGGCUGCAUGAGUCUGACAGGCGGAUGCAGGUGAAGAGUUGACUGCGAAAGAGGAGCAGUUGCAUAAUCGGACGGAGCACAAAGAGAGGCAGCGAGGGCGCUUCAUUUUGAACUAUGGCGGCAACACAACACAUUCUUCUGACAUAAAUUUUGAUGAUGGGAAAACGUGCCAUCUUGGAGAACAGCGACGAAUUACUGGAUAUGAGGGUAAAAACCACCCAGCCUCAAAACUUUGAAGUUUAUAUAGUCGCUACCAAAGGCUGCGUUCAUUUUUAGGCGACUACCUGUGCGGUGCGGCUAUCAAUUAACACUGAACGGACUCGCUUAUGUCAUUUGGCAGGGUGUUUAAACAAACAUCGGAAGCUUUUGGAGGUAGGCAGUUUAUUUGUGCAGGUUUCUCAACUGCAGCCUCAGAAGCCGUUCAAAUGCUGGAAUGGGUUGGUGCUGCCUGUUUUAUGGUUUUAAUGGCCAUACUCUGGCCAGUGGUGAAGUGUUUAGGAGCGGAGAGUCACUCCACGCUGCUGCUUCCACGACGCGACAGCAAAAGAUCCGCGGAGAGAUGCGACUCGAAACUAGACGGACAAGGUGUAUCAGACGCGGUCGCUUUGAUUUGCAAACCCUCUGCGCUGGCAAACUACCUUCUUAAACAUUGCAUGAGUUUUUGCAAGUCUUUGUCGAUACCGAAAUGGAACUGGCGAAUGAGUUCGUCUUUGCAGACUGUUUUCGGCGCUUUGUGGCCGUUUGAGUGUCCGGUGCAUUUCAUCCGAGAUCAUUUGCAGUUGAGUGAUGAUGGACUCGUGGCGUUGGACUGGGCUGUUGUUGGUGCAGCACAUCACAAGAGGCGCAGGACGUCCAGUAAUUCCACAAGUCCAGUUCUGCUCAUCAUUCCCAACUCUUUUGGGAAAAUCACCAGGAAUGUUCUAAAGCUCUGUGAGGCAGCUCUGAGUCACGGCUACCUCCCUGUGAUCUUCAACCGGCGGAGUCAGAAUGGAACGCCGCUCUGUACUGUGAAACUGCAGCAGUUCGGUGACCCGACUGACCUGCGGGAAGCGGUGCGCUACAUUCGGUACAGACAGCCAGCAGGCCAGAUUUAUGCUGUGAGUGAAAGCACUGGUUCAGGACUUCUGUUGUCCUACUUGGGCGAGUGUGGCUCCUCCAGCUAUGUGACGGCUGCGGCCUGCCUGUCUCCGAUUUUCCGCUGCCAGAGCUGGUUUGAGAGCGGCCCCACCUGGCCGUUCCACUGGGCUCUUCUGCUUUACCAGAAAAUCUGCCUCAGCAGGUAUAAAACGGUGCUUGGAGAGCUCGUCCACACAGACAACUUAUUCUCCAGCUGUACUUUGAAGGCAAUGGAGGAGGCGCUGUUCUGUCAUUCCGGCUUAAAAGGGGCGACAGAGGGAGCAGGUAGCUGGGAAGCGUACUGGGAACGUAACGACCCGCUGAGAGACAUAGAUGAAGUGGCCAUUCCAGUGCUGUGUGUGUGCAGCCAGGACGACCCCGUCCGAGGGGAGCCUCAGCCCACGCUACCGUUAGAGCUUUUUGAGAGCAACCCACAUUUCUUCCUGCUUUUGACUGCCCACGGAGGCCACUGCGGCUUCUCCACAUCAGACGAAGGCCCGAUCGUCUGGAGCCACCAGGCCGUGCUGGAGUUCUUUCGGGCGACCACUGAUUUCUUUGCUGCGGAGGAGCGGGCCAAGCUGGCAGCCCGCCGGAGGGGUCUAGGCGGGGCUGGUAAGACUUUCCGCCAUCGCAGUGUCAGCACGUGCAAAAGACUUCCUGUCUGCUCGCACAACAUUCAUGCUAUCUACAACUGGCAGAGGUCCUACACCAGAUGAUGAUGUGCUUGAAGGGUCCUCACUUUGUUUGGGUUUACGGAAAGACUGAAAUAGCCAAGAACACUGCCAGAAAAGGAUAAAUUAGAACGCAUUGUCUGACCUGCUGUUCAUCACAGCCAAGAAAACCAGCAGUCGAGUCAAAAUAUCUCAGUUUACAAUCACGACUGUUCAGAAUUUGGACUACCACUGUCAAUAGAUGGACGCCGCCGGUCUUUGAGGAUGUCAAAACAUUAGAUUUUGUUUUGAGAAAAACGUUAAAAUCUGAAGUAAAUCAUGAGAAGGGUUACAGAACGUCACAUUUAAUGGCAAAAAUAAUUUUUUUAAUCAGUAUUUUAUUUUUUUGGUAAAUAAAAAAAAAUCUUUAAUGUCUUUUUUGGUUUUAGAUAAAACUUAAUUUGAUAUUAUAAAAUAAAUUUCUUACCACACUGGCAGUUUUUGGCUUACUAAAUUUUGUAAUUUUUUUAUUAGAUAUCUUGAAAUAAUAUGGGCAUCUACAGUCUAUUGGCUUUUUUGGCUCACCACAUUUAGUUAGAUUUGUGGUUAAAACAAGAAAAUACGGGUUUGCCAGUGGAAAACUAAAGUAAAAUAAAAUAAAAAUGUAAUAUGUUCUAAAAACAAAGUUUUUGAAAGUAAAAAUACUGAUUAAAAAUAUAUUUUGCUUCAUUGAAUGGCAGUAUAUACUUGAGCCUUAAAGGGACAGUUCACCCCAAAAUGAAAAUUCUGUUAUUAAUUACUCACCCUCAUGUCUUUCCAAACUUCUAAGACCUUUGUUCAUCUUCAGAACACAAUUUAGGAUAUUUCUGAUGAAAUCCGAGAGCUUUCUGACCCUGCAUAGACAGCAACGCAACCAGGUUUGAGGCCUAGAAAGGUAGUAAUGACGUUGUUAAAAUAGUCCAUAGUACUGUUGAGGUUAAGAAAGCUCUCGGAUUUCAUCAAAAAUAUAUUCAUUUGUGUUCUGAAGAUGAAUGAAGAUCUUGCAGGUUUGAAAUGACAUGAGGAUGAGUAAUUAAUAAAAGAAUUUAAAUUUUUGGGUUAACUGUCUCUUUAAAGUUCUGCUUGUUUGUUUUUUUUUUAGAUAAGAUUAAAACACUUAGUGGCUACAUAGUAGCCUUCCUUUUGGUACUUUGGAGGUCAGUAAUAUUUUGCGCUAUCUGCACAUUUUUUUGCAUACGAUAAUGAAAAGUGACAUUGUGUAAUUUUCUCUGUGUUAUAGUGUUUUUCAGAAGACAGAGAUUGCUAGUUUAUUUAGACUUGUCUCCGCCGUAAGAGUAGGAGCCUGUGGAUUCGGAGUAAAGAGUCAGUCAGCACUGCUGGGGUUUCACAUGACGUCAUUCUGAGGUUUCAGAGAAAGCUGGUCUCCCAUUGACAUGGGUGGAGCUCCGACACUGAUUUAUUUUUCCGUUUUUCUUUUCUGCCUUUUCUAUCUCCAUGUCUUUCUAGUGUCCCAUUGUUUGUACUGUAUGUUAAAUUAUCUGUGAACACGGGAGCUUUAAUUAAAGGGUUUCGGCUGAACACAUU